ACGGGGGCCACCGCCGCUCGUCGUCGGCUGCUGCGCGAAUCCGUCGCAGCGGCGCGCGUUAUUAGUGCACGUUAAUCUCGGGUCGACGGUCUUGUUAAUCCGUUCGUCACGUCACGCGUACAUACACGUUGUCGCGAUUUUUUUUUUUUUUACGAAAUUGUGCACGCGCGAAACACGGUGAUCGUUUGCAUAAAAACAUAUUUAUAUUACCAAAAUAUGUAUAUAUAUUAAAAAAAAAAAAUUAAAUACCGUUUCGUUCGAUUUUCAUAACUACUGUAAUAUAAUAGUAAUAUUAUAGUUGUUGUUGUUAUUGUUAUUAUUAUUAUUAUUGUCAUUAUUAGCACUAAUACUGUACUGCUGUAUUAAUACAAUAUUGUUUUAUACUUAUCGUCACGAUGAACGACCGGAAGACGUAUCCGUUGUCGUCGUCAUCCUUACCGCCAUCGUUACCACUACCGACGCAGCAUCAGCAGUCACCAUCGUCGUCAUCGUCAACAUCAUCGUCAUCAUCAUCAUCAUCAUUAUCAUUAUCAUCACCGUCGUAGUGGUGCUGGUGGUGGUGUUGUCGCGUUGUUUUUUCAACAACAACAAUAAUAAUAAUAAUAACAAUAAUAACAACAAAAACAACUAUAACGAUCGUGUGUACGCGUUCGACCGCCACGGUGAGCUACCGCAAGAAGGCGGACCCGCGGUAAAUGCGCGUGGCCGCGGGUGGCCACCGGUUGCCGGAUGUCGACGCCAUGGGAACAGCUGAUCAGCUCGACGAUGACGCCGACCACCGCGGUGGCGGUCAAGUUGGCCGUCACGGACGAGCCGCCGGAACCGACGGAUCCCAACGACACUGUGCUGCCCGGUGGCUCGGCGGGCGGCAGCGGUUCCAGCGGUGGCAUUUUUGGUACCCUGCACAGACACAUACCCAUACUGUCCAGGCUGUCGCUGAACAAGACGGACAAGGCGCCCUGCAGAUACAGACAACCAAGAUUCAGUUCUAGAAGACAAUAUAGAAGAGUAGUGUUCAAACAUGGCGAAUGCAAUGUAGUUCAAGGAAAGGUAGCUAAAAGAAGAAGAAAAUAUUUGCAGGAUAUAUUUACAACACUUGUUGAUGCUCAAUGGCGAUGGACAUUGUUGGUAUUCUCAAUGAACUUUAUGCUCAGCUGGUUGGGUUUUGCAAUAGUGUGGUGGCUAAUUGCUCUAAAUCAUGGUGAUUUGGAUGUUUCGGUGAGGAAUAAUAACUCGACAUGGGAACCAUGUGUUCGAGAAAUGUAUUCGUUUACUUCGUGUUUCCUAUUCAGUGUCGAAACUCAGCACACAAUAGGUUAUGGUUCCAAACAUACUACAGAAGAAUGUCCUGAAGCAAUAUUCAUUAUGUGUCUACAGAGCAUAGUAGGCGUUAUGAUCCAGGCUUUUAUGGUCGGUGUAGUUUUUGCAAAAUUGUCCAGACCGAAAAAACGCACGCAGACGCUUCUGUUUAGCAGAAACGCUGUAAUUUGCCAAAGGGAUGGUAUUUUAUGUCUUAUGUUCCGAGUAGGUGAUAUGAGAAAAUCACAUAUUAUUGAAGCUCAUGUCAGAGCGCAACUAAUAAAAAAAAAAAUGACUAUAGAAGGUGAGUUGUUACCGUUCCAUCAACAAGAACUUAAAGUCGGCGGAGAUGGUGAGGAAGACAGAAUAUUCUUCAUAUGGCCUACGACUAUAGUGCAUAAAAUCACUCCACAGUCACCCUUGUAUAUGCUUUCAGCAGCUGAUUUCUUACAGGAAAAGUUUGAAAUUGUCGUUGUCCUAGAAGGAGUAAUUGAGUCAACAGGGAUGACGACACAAGCUAGAUCAUCAUACCUGCCCAAUGAAAUACUUUGGGGACACAGGUUUGAGACAUUGGUGUCAUUCAAGAAAGAAACGGGGGAACAUGAAGUGGAUUAUAGUUUAUUCAAUAAUACUUAUGUAGUAGACACGCCGCUUUGCAGUGCACACGAUCUGAAAAAGCUCAUCUCGCUUCGGGCUCAUACUGAGAUGCACCUUAUGCAACCACUGGACCAUUCAACCAACUACAGCGAUCCGUCGGAUAGUACUUCUGGGUCUAAGGCUUUCAAACAUCGCGGUGAAUAUCACGACAAGCAGCUGUCCACCAGUGACCUGAUGAUGGCCCAACUGGAGCCGUUCCUCAUAAAACCCGGUGAACUGCCCGGGCCAGAAUCAUUCCUGUGACGAAGAAUGAUCAUUACUGCCGCCUACACUGGUCACCGGAACCAUCGCCGUUUCGUAAUCAGCAGAGGCUUUUUCUGUCAUCUUCCACUCCCAACAUUAUUGUGAUCUUUUUAGAAAUUAUUGGUUAUUAUAAUUUGUUGUACUUCGGUUUUUAAUAAGAUUAGUUAAUUUGACGCCGUGACUCUGAUGUGAUAUUAGUUAAAAACAUACGUUCUUUUUUCACAUAUCUGCCGAACGGAUAAUAUUUAUUGACUGGAAGGACCUUAAUCUAAUGAUCCUUUCAAUAACUUCCACUUGGUAUCUAUAUUCUAAAAAAGUUCCAUUCGUAUUACUUAUGCAUUUAAAAUUCUAAAACUUAAUAAUAGGUUAAGUCAAAUUUGAUUUGAUUUUAUAGUAGUA